AUGACGACCCCCAACAAAGGAAACAAGGCCUUGAAGGUGAAGCGGGAGCCAGGUGAGAAUGGGACCAGCUUGACAGAUGAGGAGCUGGUGACCAUGUCUGUGCGGGAGCUGAACCAACAUCUACGGGGCCUGUCGAAGGAGGAGAUCAUCCAGCUGAAGCAGCGUCGGCGCACGCUGAAGAACCGGGGCUACGCGGCCAGCUGCAGAGUGAAGCGUGUUACCCAGAAGGAGGAACUGGAGAAGCAGAAGGCAGAGCUGCAGCAAGAAGUGGAGAAGCUGGCCUCUGAGAACGCCAGCAUGAAAAUGGAACUUGAUGCUCUCCGCUCCAAAUACGAGGCUCUCCAGAACUUCGCCAGAACCGUGGCCCGGAGCCCCGUGACCCCUGCGCGGGGGCCUCUCACCUCCAGUAUGGGGCCUCUCAUCCCUGGCAAGGUUGCUACUACUAGUGUCAUCACAAUAGUGAAAUCCAAAACGGACGCCCGGUCUUAGUGAAGCGAAUGUUGCCUGAGCUUGUCUGUGCAGGGCAAUUAGGCACAAAACCAGCCUGGAAUCCCCAAAGCACAAACCCUCCCCACAUGGGUCCGGGUUCCUUCUACUUGGCCCAGGACUG